GUGCGUCGCAUGUUCGCGCGGUCACUACAGCUCUGAAAAAUACACAGCCGACUCUUACAUCCUCAUGGAACCCUCCUCAAAUCAUGUUCACGAUGAUUCCGACUGGAAAUGCGAAACAGAGGCCAAUCUUCGAGAGGCGACACGCCUCACGCGUAAUAUUCGUCGCGAUAUAGCUGGCGCUGUGUAUGAGCUCUCUCAUCCCAAAUUCGAUACCGCGCGGGGACUACUGCAGAUAAUGGCGAAGCUGACGCUGAAGGAACCUCGCCUACAUCGUGCUGGUGUUCACAGGGCGUACAUCAGGCUCGCCCUGCGCACCUACAAUACGACCUCCGAACCGAGCCAGACCUGGGACCUGCCUCUAGUGGGCCUGCUCAACGUUCUGCUUUGUAUCAGAGACAAAGACCUUUUUGAUCGCGACGAUACUACUUUGGUGGAGAUUCGUGACAAUCUUCGUUUCGUUUCCGCCGCCAUUCUUCGCGCAUUGCCCUUCCUGACGUCCGCGGCAUCAAUCGCGAACCGCUUUCGAGAUACUAUCUGCUACUUCAUGACUGCCUUCUACGACAUCAUACCUGAAGGUCCGAAGUACAUACGCCAUUCGGAGGCAUCAAUAUUUGUCGCCAUACAAUGCUGGCUGAACAUGUCACCAGUCGCCGAUCGUCAUCGCUGUAGGGCUCAGGUCCUCGUCCGCCACCUGCUUACUGAGGAAUUGAGUCACGACCAAGUUUCUCGAGAUGCCGUCGACCGCGUCGUGAACAUCUUUCCUAUCUCCUCGCUCGUCCACCAUGUUUCUGCCGCUCUUGCCGACCCCAAGAUGAUCAACACGACACUCAUCGAUGAACUUAAUAUCGUGGGGGUGUUCCUCACGGCUGGUCAUCCCGACUUCGUCACCUUUCUGGAUAUGCGGUUUUAUGACUCGUUGUCUCAGGCCGUUUGUCGCCAGUUCAAAUCAGGAAAAAUAGAACAGUGUGCGGCUGUCAACAAGGCUGCUGCACAUCUGAUGGAUCAGAUGUUUGGUGCGUCCAAGAUCUCGCCUCCGAACUACACCGCGAUGAUACAGGGAACCGACGUCCUCGCCGUUGCCGCGCAGGGGCUGGUCCUCGCCCAACAUAAAGAGAGCAACGAAUGGCUUUCUUUCUUCGGAAGACUCUCUCAUGUCAUCGGAGGCUGUACCGAACCGCUAUGCCCAUGGCAGCAACCUCCCGGCUUCGUUGCAGCCUGCCGCCAAAAAAUGGAACCGAUCUACUUCCGCACUCGUAGAGCGCUUCGUCGUCUCGGGCCACUAGGUGUACAAGGCUUAGAAGUUUUCGAGACGUUUUCGGGUUUGCUUUCCGUCACGGAAGAGACGCUUCAGAUGAAGUGGAGGCACUUCCAUGAAUGUUGUAAUCCGUUGUGCGAGCUGCGAGAGCAGGAACGGACAGAGAGUAUCAAGAAGUGCAAGGCUUGCGGCCCAGGUAUUGUGGUGUAUUACCAUGGGGAGGCGUGCCAGAAAGCGGAUUGGAGGCGUCAUAGGACUGAGUGUGGACAAAGCUCGAGCUGAAUGGACGCGCGUCGACGCGAUAUGGUUUUUGCUUCGUAUUUCUUCCCAGUUGACUCUGGGUUUCUUGACCAGCCUGUUUCAUCAUACACAGCAACUACUUCACCAGCUCCGGGUGACGGGCGAGUUCAGCUACAUGCGCAAUGAGGAAUCAAUAUUUGUCGCCAUACACUGUUGGCUGAAUAUAUCACCAGUCGCCUGUUCUCAACGCCGUAGGGCUCAGGUCCUCCUCCGCCGCUUGCUUACGGAGGAAUUGAGUCAAUACUCUCGAGAUGCCGUCGACCGCGUCGUGGACGUCUUCCCUGCCACCUCGCUACUCCACCAUGUUUCCGCUGCUCUUGCCGACCCCACGAUGAUCAACACGACACUCGUUGAGGAACUGAAUAUUGUGGUCUCGUUCCUCAUGGCUGGCCAUCCCGCCUUCGUCACCUUUUUGGAUGCGCGGUUCUAUGACUCGUUGUCCAAGGCCGUUCGUCGCCAGUUCAAGUCAGGGAAAAGAAAACAGAGUGCGGCUGUCAACAAGGCUGCUGCAUAUCUGAUGGAGCACGAUUCGCUCAAUACUAUUAGUCAAAUGUUUGGUGCACCCAAGAUCUCGCCUCCGUACUACACUGCGAUGAUACAGGGAACCGACGUCCUCGCCGUUGCCGCGCAAGGGUUGGUCAUCGCCCAGCAUAGAGAGAGCGACGAAUGGCUUUUUUUCUUCGAAAGACUCUCUCAUGUCAUCGGAGGUUGUCCCGAGCCGGUAUGCCCGUGGCAGCAACCUCCCGGCUUCGUUAAAGCCUGCCGCCAAAAGUUGGAGCCGAUCUACUUCCGCACUCGUAGCGCGCUUUGUCGUCUCGGGCCACUAGGAGUACAAGGUUUAGAGGUUUUCGAGAGGUUUUCGGGUUUGCUUUCCGUCACGGAAGAGAAGCUUCAGAAGAAGUGGAGGGACUCUCAUGAAUGUUGUAAUCCGUUGUGUGAGGUGCGAGAACAAGAACGGGUAGAGAGUAUGAAGAAGUGCAAUGCUUGCGGCUCAGACGAUGCGGUGUAUUACCAUGGGCAAGCAUGUCAGAAAGCGUACGUGUAUCGCCUUCUCAUUAUAUUGCUCAACCAGAUUCACUUAAUUCUCCACGGUAUCCUCUUAGGGAUUGGAGGCGUCAUAGAACCGAGUGUGGACGAAGCUUGA